CUGGGCUGUCCAGCUACCCCGAGUAGCCGCUGCCGCGGAAGCCUCCAGAGCUCCGAUCCUCGCCCGCGCUUUUCGCCGACUCCUCGGGCUCCCGCAGCUCAGGAAGGAGGCCACUCCCGGCCGGGCGCUAGCUCUGCAAGGCGGACCUGCAACCCGGAAAGGCGGCGCGGCGGAGCCCAGAGCCGGAUCCUGCUCGGACCUGGCCCCCGCCGGCCGGGACCGCUGGCAUGUCGGAGGCGCGGAAGGGGCCGGACGAGACAGAUGAGAGCCAGUAUGACUCGGGCAUCGAGUCUCUGCGCUCUCUGCGCUCCCUGCCCGAGCCCACCUCGGCCCCAGCCUCUGGGCCCUCGGAUGGCCACGGCCCCCAGCCCUGGACUCAUCCUCCGGGAACAGCCCAGGAGCCACAGGAGAAGGAAGAUACAGAUGGGGAGCGAGCUGACUCCACCUAUGGUUCCUCGUCGCUCACCGAGCCCUUGCCCUUGUUGGGGGGCACGGAGACCGAGAACCCAGCCCCACGCUCGCCGCUUCCCGCCGCGGGGGCGCUGAGCCCUCAGCAGCUGGAAGCCCUCACUUACAUCUCUGAAGAUGGAGACACGCUGGUCCACCUGGCUGUGAUUCACGAGGCCCCAGCUGUGCUGCUCUGUUGCCUGGCUUUGCUGCCCCGGGAGGUCCUGGACAUUCAGAACAACCUUUACCAGACAGCACUCCAUCUGGCUGUACACCUGGACCAGCCCGGCGCAGUUCGGGCCCUGGUCCUGAAGGGGGCUAGUCGCAUGCUACAGGAUCGACACGGUGACACGGCUCUGCAUGUGGCUUGUCAGCGCCAGCACCUGGCCUGUGCCCGCUGCCUGCUGGAGGGGCGGCCUGAGCCAGGCCGAGGACCACUGCACUCCCUGGACCUCCAGCUGCAAAACUGGCAAGGUCUGGCCUGUCUCCACAUCGCCACCCUGCAGAGGAACCGGCCUCUCAUGGAACUGCUGCUUCAGAACGGAGCUGACAUCGACACGCAGGAGGGCACGAGUGGAAAGACCGCGCUGCAUCUGGCUGUGGAGACCCAGGAGCGGGGGCUGGUGCAGUUCCUGCUCCAGGCUGGUGCCCGCGUAGAUGCCCGCAUGCUCAACGGCUGCACCCCUCUGCAUCUCGCGGCUGGUCGGGGCCUCAGCAGCAUCUCAUCUGCUUUGUGUGAGGCCGGCGCCGACUCCCUGCUGCGGAACGUGGAGGACGAGACUCCCCAGGACCUGGCUGAGGAUCCCUUGGCUCUUUUGCCCUUUGAUGACUUGAAGAUCUCUGGGAAGCCACUGCUGUGUGCUGACUGAAGCCGGGGCAGAGUCUGGGGCCCGGAGACUCCAUCUCUUCCCAUCUGGAAGCUGGAGCUUUAGCUGCUGCAGCUUGGGCCCAGACAACGUGCCCUCCUGGUGUCCUGGGGACUGCUGAGGCCACAGCCUGGGGCCAGCACAGUCCUGAGCUGAGAGGAGGGAUCACAAGUGAGAGAAGGCCAGUCUAGAAGGAAGACCUUCCUAGGUGGAUGGAGAUUCUUGAAGACUCCGAAGCCCCCGGUAUCCUAGGCAAAGCCUGUUUGCCUCUAGAGAAUGGCAGGGGCUCUUGUUUCUACCCACGUUGGGUCAGCCUGAAGCUGCCAAUCAGUAGGAAAACAUGGACUCUCCCAAGUGAGGAGAGAAACUGAAAUCAGCAGGCAGGACCCUGAGGGGUUCCAUCUCACUGCUGUUGAGGACUCUUGAACACUGUUGUUUAAAGACUUCACAUAGAAGGCCCUGAACUGAGCCUUUGGGGAAGGGGAAGUUUCAAUAACAUGACACUAAAACAGCAGAGACCUUUAAAAAGAUCCCCCCUCCCAGAGUCAUUUUACGCACACACGUGUCUGUGUGCAUUGGGGAUUUUUAGGUAGGCUUGCCUUGUGACUUUAUGGUAGAGACAAAGAGAAGGAAAUUGCUCCCUGAACAGGAUAGGACCUUCAUAGGUGUGUGGGGGGGGUGGUGGUUGGGGAGGAGCUAACAGUCCUCAGGCCUCUCUGCCCUUCACAAACCCUUGUACUUUGUGUGGAAACAGAGGGAUAAACAGGAGGUGAGAAGCCUCCCCCCACCCCCAAUCAGGGGGGUUGCUCAUCACUGCCCUAGAGGAGUCUGGAGAGAAGGGCUGGCCUAUGGAGGGUAACACAAAGGAGCUAUGGCUUUGUAUGUUUUUCCUUUCAUUCCACACAUUUGAAGCCCUUGUUAGGUGAAUAUGGUCAGUAUGGGUAUGGAGGAAUAAACCAACACAGUCUCUGGCCACUUGGAUCUUAUAGUCUAGUGAAUGAGGCAGCCAUUAAAGUCAUAAACAGACAAAUAAAUAUGUAAUUACAA